UUUUUCUCUUCUCAAAAAAUGUCUGCACUUAUCAACAAACUUCGUCGAAGACCUUCUCAUGAAGCAGCUCCUUAUCGUCACUUGGAAGAACAUUUUGAAUCAGCAGAAAUAGUGCGCGAUACUAUUAUUGGUCUUUCUGACGGUUUAACUGUACCCUUUGCUUUGGCUGCUGGCCUUUCUUCCCUUGGUAGUUCCAAAAUUGUUAUCUAUGGUGGUGCAGCUGAACUUGUGAGUGGAGCAAUUUCUAUGGGUUUGGGAGGCUAUCUAGCUGCUAGAGCAGAAAUGGAACACUAUCGAACUGAGCGUAUUAGAGAAGAACUUGAAGUAGAAGAAUGUCCACAGGACGAAGAAGAAGAAAUUGUUGAAAUUUUAGAGCCUUAUGGCCUUGACCGAGAAACAAUUCAACCUCUUAUUGAAAAGCUAAAGAGUGAUCCUCAAAAGUUUGUUGAUUUCAUGAUGAAGUUUGAGUUGAAUUUGGAAAUGCCAGAUCCUCAUCGUAGUUGGAUUUCCGCGUUGACAAUUGGCUUCUCCUACUUUAUCGGUGGGUUGAUUCCUUUAAUUCCUUACUUCUUUAUUGACGAUGCAACCAUUGGCUUAUAUGCCUCUAUUGCCGUUACCUCAUUAACAUUGUUAAUAUUUGGAUAUAUUAAGAGCAGAUUGGUUAAUCCAAAGGGUGCUAUUUCGGGUGCAUUCCAAACAUUAUUGAUUGGCGCUGUAGCAGCAGGCGCAAGUUAUGGCAUUGUUUAUCUUUUACCUCAGGAACAGUAGUAAACUUAGAUAUAAAAUGCUAGAACAAGAAUGCUUUCUUAUAUUGUAUUAUUUAUCAUUAUUCUUAUCUUACAUUAAAAUAAGCCCACACAUUCUUAAAUUCUUGCAUUUUAAGUACGAUAUGGUUGGAUAUAGGUUAACUUUUUGUCGACAUGGAUACUGAAAGCGAUACAAUAAAAAAAAGAUAAAACAUUCGCAUCUAUGAGUAUGAGGAAACAUGAAAUAGAUACAGAAAUAAAGACUUGCAUAAGUGAGUGAAUGCGCUUAUAAUUGAUUUAUGACAGAAAUACAAUGCCAUAAUUGUCAUUAUAACAGUAGUUGAUGAAGAAUUGUUACUUCUCCUUUAUUUAUAUGAAUAACGCGACUUAUAACCUUGAGCUGUUUGACACAAGUUUUAUACGCAUUCAACUGUGAACGGACGCAAAUAUUUUUUAUUUCUCAGGGUUUUGUUUGAAUUAAAACACCACGCAAACUCCUUUUGGCCGAUUAUCUUUC